AUGGAGCCUCUAUGCUUUGCACGGUGGCAUCAAAGCGGAAACUUUGAAACCCAGAAAGCCAAGAAGAAGGUCCACAUCGUUCGAUCGAUGGUCGGCAGUGCUUGGGAGAUUCGCAAGCAUGAACCUCUGUGGCAAAUGCUCUUCCAAACGUUUUGUGCAGAUUUGGUACGGCAACAUGAUGAGGAAGAUGUGCCAGAAACACCCAAGAAGAAAGGCAACAACAAGGACCUUGACAAAGGCAUGCCAAGCAGCGUGUUGGAUGAGAAACUAAGCCCUCCUCGGCCUGCCAACCCCAGCAAGAAGCGAGUCGAACGUGCUGCAGGAGCAAAACCAGUUCCACUCACAGCACGGGCUGUGCCUCUGAAUUCUGAGUUAGAACAGCCCGGAACCAAGCGAAUGCGUCUGCAAGAGCCAGAGGCUCCUGACUUGGAGGAGGCUUUUCACCAGGUCAUGAGCGCAGAGCAGAAAGAUCUCAGCACAUCAAACAUUGAGGAUGUAGAUGGAGAGAUGCUUGAUCAAGACCCAGGUCGCCGGCUGAAGGCAGCAUAUCAACGUUUGAGCAAAAAGCCAAAGACUGCUGAGGAAGUACAAUGGAAGCAGGUGGAAACUGCUUUGGCUUCUCUCGGUCUCACCUACAGAAAGUUUCUCACUUGCCAUCGGGAGGCUGUGUACGUGAAGAAGGCAGUUUCAUGCACUGGUGGAUGGUGGAAGACUUUCAAGCUCAAUCUGUCCAAAGGCACUUUGCCCAGCAACUGCUCCAUUUGCAUGAACAUGCUGGAGAAGAAUGGCAUAACAUUGGAGAAAGUGAUGUUGGCCUGCGAAGCUGCGAAUGGCACAACACCGACGGUCACAUCGCUGCCUGCACUCACCGACAAGAAUGACGAUCAUGAUAAAGGUAAAAAUCACGGAGAUGGCGAGUCUGACCAGUUGAAGAUGGUUGAAGAGUACUUGGAAACAUUGAAGCCGUGGAUAACACUUCUGACACCCCUGGAGUCUGGACCUCCUCUGAGAUACCGAUGCAAACUUUGUACCACCAACACUCAACCUUUUGGAAAGGUGAACGUGCUUCUACCACGCAGAAGCAAGGGCAUUCGCUUGAAUCCGGUGAAACACUUCAUGAAGCAACAUCUGGACUCUGAUCAACAUGUAGAUGCCCUAGAGCUUCUUGCACGGGAAGGCAACUCUGAGCAGAAGGCUGCUGCAGUCACUGAAGAACUUUUGCAGUGUGAAGGCCUUCGCAUUGGUCUGUCUGAAAGGACUGGCGAAACUAGUCUGCACUACUACUACAAAGAACUCAAGCUGUGGGCGACCCACACCAUCAUGAAGGUGGGCAAUCUGAGUGACCGUCAGCAUGAAUAUGUUCAUGACAUGAACACGGACACCUUGGUGAUUCGAUCUACUGAUUGUGAAAAAGAAUGGAGGAAGAGCGAUGUCCCAGAAGCUACUUGCUGCAAAAAGUGCUGGAUGCUUUCUGGGCCCAAGCGGAACCAGCGUGUCGUCGUCAGAUUCAUCGCCAAGUACUAUGCUGCCAAAUUGCUGCAGAAGCGCCUCUUUUUUUCAGACGAAGAAGCCGACAGCUUUCUGCGCUACGUUGAUGAAACCCACUAUGGCAAGAACAACGCAGAGAAAUGGAAUUUGAUCAAGAACCUGGAAAAUCAUCAGCUACAGGCCUAUGUGCGAAGAGCAUGGAUGUCGACCAACUGCAAAGAUCGGAGCGCGAACUGCUUGCUCUUUAUAGACACUGUCGUGGAGCCAUGCAUGAGAGUGCAUGUGGGUUCUUUGAAGAGCAAUGUGGCUGCGCUGUCUUCCCGAUUUCUGGAUGCUAUGUGUCAGAACAAGCAGUCAGAGAUGGAGGAAGUCAAUGGCAAGAUCGUGCAAGCCGCCAUGACAGGACGAUUAGACAGGAAUCCCAUGAUGCAGGGCAUGCUUCUACAAUGUUUGAACCGGCUAGAAAGAGAAGACCGAGGUUCCUUUGACAACAGAGGCCGAAAGAAGGAUAUGACCGACCGUGAGCGAGAACUCAUCUCACAAGCAGCUCUAAGCUUGGCAGUAGUGGGAGGAAGCAAGCAAUUGUGUGAAGAGCUUCGCCAGAAUCGGCCAAGAAUUUCAAACAUGUUGGAAGAUCUGCACCCAAGAGGAUUACCAAAUCCAGCUCUUGCACUCAUUGACAAGGAGCAGCUGGAGACAAACUUGAUCCUAGUCGAUCAAAGGUUUGCACGUGGAGAGCAAACACGUGCCAGAAGAUGCAUUUUGGCAGUAGAUGCAACCUACUUGGUGAAGACCAUUUGCCAGAUGAGAAGAGGGGAUGAUGUGGGACUUGUAGGUGCAGCUUGGUCUGCCCAAGAUGACAGGAAGUGCUGGCUUCCACUUUCUGAGUGGUCAAACGACUUACCGAAGGCUCCGCAGAUGAUGGAAAUGUUGUGCUGGGAUCCGUGUGCAGCACACAACCAUACAUACAGCAUUGCAGCGAUGCCAAUGUUGCUAGCUGCCCCGAAGCAAGACCACGAGACACAAACUCAUGCCGGAAACUGGGAAAUGAUUCUCCUCCUCUCCAAAGUGCUGGAAGCAGGUGCAUGGCUAAUCAAGGGGAUCACCCUUGAUGGUGCCAACUCUCACCUGUAUGUGAAGGAAGCCUUUUUUGGAUGCUUCAACAAGUUGGACCCCCAAAGCCUGGCAGACCUGCCUUUUUGGAAGGAUUGUGAGUACAGAGAUCUUCCGCGUCAUGCACUUCCUCGAUUGCCUUUGAAGCUGCUCUUUCACAACGACGAAUCCAUGUGGUGCCUUCCCGGCCAUGCAUCGAAGAAUGCAGCAGGUGGCCUGGUAUCACCUCUUCGAACGAUCCACCUCGGAAAGCUCUUUUGUGACACAUCCAAUGCCAGGAGAUUUGGCAUGCCACCAGCUGUCUUCAGGAGAGUAGAACUCGCUGGCAAAUUGGCAACGGUUCCUUGGGCAUUGAAAGGCUUUGUCAUUCUGAACCUCUGCGUGGCCUUGUGUACAGCUCCGUCCAACCAUCGAAGUAUGUCACUGGAGAACCGUGUCGAGAAUGCUCUCACGGGCUUCUGUUUGCUGGACAUGUUCCAGAUGCUCUCAGCCUCAGAAGCAAAGCGCCGUGGGUUCCCCAAGGGGAGCCUAUUUUUAGCAAGUCAGACGGUUCUCAACCUGCAGCAAUCGGCACUGGCAAUGGUGGCUGUCGGACUCACCAAAAACGAACAUGGGUCGUUUUGGUCGAGAGGCGAUCACCGUAUGACUGAGCUUCCGAUCGAGCGACAUUUCGGUCGGCUGAGAAGUCAGUCCGCAAAUGCACAACACAAUGCAAGAAGCUUCUGGCGUGCAAGUGCGAAGCAUAUGAUGAGAUCUUUGGUGAAUUUCAAGCCUGGAAGGCCCAGUGCAGAAUCUGUUCCUCCUCUGAGCAACUCAGAAUUCUAUCGCGUGUCAGAGCGAGCUUUCAGUUCAGCCCUGCGCUUGGCAGCAUAUUGCGAAGGUUGCACACCUGACUCCCUGCAAGAGAUGUAUACCUCGUACUGCCAGUCAGGAGAGUUCCUGAGGGAUGAUCCACCCCUUGGAGAUGAGGACGAUUUUCUGGAAGCUGAAGAAGAUGCCAUGGGCUUUGGCAAUGACAUUGAUGAAACGAAAGCUUUCUUUGAAAACUUGCAGACAGAAGCUGCCAUGGAUGCCGAGGAGCAGGAUGAAGAUGAUCAUGCAACGACAGACGAAACAGGUGAUCCUGGAGACAUUUUGCUGGAAAAAGUUCCAGACGGCACCUUGUUGCAAGACUUGUUCAACCAGUUGGGUGACCAGCCUCCAGAAGAUGCACCACCGCAGAGCCCUAGCAAAGGUGCAUGUCCUAUUGAUGCCGUGGCAUGCAACUUGUAUCAUGCCUUCUGGUGCCUAGGUGCGCAGCCAGAUGAGUCCGAAGUCUUCGAUUCCGUGUGGUGGAAUGAGCACAAACUGAAAGAGUUGAGAGAUGCCGAGGACGAGCCUGAAUUCCGCACCAGACAGUCACGACUUUCAAAAUGGAUGGAGAUGACCAAGGAUGCCGCGAAAGCCAAUUCUGUCGAGCUUGAUCCAGUUGAUGCAUUGGAGCAGCUGGUUUCAUUACUAUCAUUGUCUUUGAUUUUUAUUUUAUUUUUUUGA